AUGAAAGGACACCAGGAGAAACUACAUGCGCAGGUGAUGGCAUUGCAGCUAUUACUCCAAGUCUGUCAGUGUCAUACAUCACAAGAACAGGUCCGCUUGUUGAGACAGGCAACAACUCGUCGCAUUAUGCGCAGGGUUCGCGAUGACACCGAAACGCUAGUAUCCGCACGGACGCGACAAGCAUCUCGCAGAACAGCAGCUUCACAGCCCAGUGACCGAGUUUUUGAUUUCAAAGAUGCUCUCGCAGAUUUGCCAGUAUAUCGCAGUUCACCUCGACAACUCGUACCAUCAAUCGGGGCCUCUAUUAGCCAGCCCGACAGCAAUAAUGGCCAAAGUCCAUUCACAGAUGAAGGCUAUGCAGACACCCUUACGCGCAAUAGCAGCGUUACAAGGCCGUCAGUUGAUGCUGCUCCACCUCACCAACAUCAUCUUCUCUUGCCCACUAGUCCAUCGGCGCCGGUACAUCCAGCUCACAGGAGGGCAACAUCUUACCAAGAUGCGGCGCGUCCAGGCUUGCAAAAUAUGACCCGGAGCAAGUCAGAUACUAAGACAUCAAAGACAAUUGAAAGAUCCGCCUCUAACAUUGAAAGGAUAUCUUCUCUACUUCGCUUGAAUACCUCCAGUCAUCUAAAUCUUGCCUCUUUGUCUUCCAAGGGCUCACCGAAAGUAGGCAAUGGCACACCUUUCAGAAGAGUUAAGCCUAGACGAGAGCAAAAUUCUCAUAUCAGCAUUGAUCUGACAGGCGCGGAUGCUGCCUCUAUUCCACAGAUUGUGAAGGCCGCCCAAGCCGGCUCCCAAGGUGAGGUAGCACGGCUCAUCGAAUAUGGCAUUAAUAUUGAAGAGCGACAUACAGCAUCAGGUCGAAAUGCAUUGCUUGUUGCUGCGCACUGCGGAAAGGAUGACGUUGUUGUGCUUUUGAUUCGACAUCAUGCUCGCCUAAAUAUAACUGAUGGGUCUGGCUGGACAGCACUUCAUCUUGCAGCUUCGUGUGGUCAUUGCGGUGUCAUAAGCUUACUCAUGGAGGAUAGCAACAUUGCCGAAGUUCCAAAUUAUCAAGGCCGUACAGCGCUGCGCAUUGCUGUUGACCGAAGCCAGCACGAGGCCCUACAGAUGCUGCUUAUGCAUAAUGCAGAGGUCAACACUCGUGCUGAUAAUCAAAUGACCAGUUUGCACACUGCAGCAAAGCAGGGUGAUGCGGAAAUCGUCUACAUGCUUGUGUCAAACGGCGCUGAUAUCGAGGCCAAGGCCGCUACCAUGAUGUCGGCAUUGCACUAUGCAUGCGAAGCAGGCCAUGUCGAAACAAUUGCAACACCACUGAUAUGUGCUGCUGAAUCAGGCUGGUCCCGGGCUGUCGAAUUCCUAUUGAAAUCUAAGCCAAAGGCUUCGUCAAAUGGUACAAAUGACACCGGGAUGACUGCCCUGCAUUGGGCUGCCUACAAUGGCCACGAAGAGACAGUGGAGAUUCUCAGUCAGAAGAAAGGAUCUCUGGCUAAGGUUAAUGCAAUGGGACGAACGGCUUUGCACUUGUCCGUUUUUCAGAACCAAUUUGCUGUCGUUGAGCCAUUACUACGCAAGAGUGCCGACCUCAACAGCCAAUGUGGAACAGGUCUUACUCCGCUUCAUUAUGCCUGUAUGGUAGACAGCAUCGAGAUAGCAACGCUGUUACUCUUAGAAGGCGCUGACAUUGAAGCAUCGAAAUAUCAACACCAGCAAAGACCUUUGCAUAUCGCAGCAGCGCGAAGCUCAAUAAGCCUUCUGGAUCUUCUUUGCGACAAAGGAGCUUCUUUAGAUGCCCGGGACAGCGUUGGAGAUCGGCCGCUAAGUGUUGCAUGUCGCUGUGGACAUGUGGCUGCAGUGCUAAAGCUGUUGGAUCGAGGAUCUCCUCUCUACCAGAAGCACCAAGCUACGUCGCGCAGUGACUCUCCUCUAUGCUUGGUUGCUAUAGCAGGCUAUCUACCGGUGGUCUCGCUGCUGCUAGAGCGUGGCGCAUCGGCAUCCAAAAAGGACGAGGGAGGUUGGCAGCCUUUCCGCUAUGCAGCAUAUCACGGCCAUCUGGAUGUUCUUCGGGUGCUCUUGGCUCGCACUAGGAUACCCGACAUGGAUGCCCAAGAUAUCAUUCGCAUGCCGGAGACAAUUGGGUUCUCGUCAGAUGCCAUUAUAUCUGAGGACUGCAAGGCUCGGGUGAGAGAACUUCUCAACCAGGCUUUGGCGGAGUCUGGUCUGAUGCCUCCAAGUCAUACCCCAAGUAUACUCCAGAAUGUAAAUCAAGGGAAUUAUCCUGCGCAAUAUUUGCAGUCUCACAAUUUACGAGACUGCGAAAGCUUCCUGCCUCAAGAGCUACCUGCAACCUUAGAGCAGGGCCAGCCCAGCAGUCGUUCAACAACUCCUGAGCAUGGCUAUCGGGCUGAACCUCCACAAUCCAUCGACCCAUUGUGGCAUAGUCGUAUGCGACCCGGUGAGCAAAUGUCACCGCUAGUAAAGCGUAAAUUGCUUCCGUUCGCAAUGACUCUCGUGGGGUAUCUCCUAUACUUGGCCUCUAGCCAGAGAAGAACCACCGGCGUCGGCCACCUUUAUUCCUCGACCAGUCCCUGUCUUGCUCUCUCAAAUUCCCCCGAGAUCUUCGGGGAUACUGUCUGGUGGCUCGAAGGCUGGGGGCUAUGCCGCUGGAAAUACGCCAGUGCAGCACAUAAUCAUAGUCAAGAGAGUCACGUUCCUAGAACAAUUUCUCGGCGUGAAAGUGAGUUUCAGACCCCAAGGCCCGAAGAGCGGUCCGAACGUACUCAAGAUACCAUUGGUGAACCCUCAGACUCGGAUUCGGACUCGAUGUCUUCAGUGUACACAGCACCUGAAGGAGAUAUGGACGGUGAUGGUGUCUCGAGUCUGAAUCACCGAAGCGGGCCGUAUGAAAUGACUAUAUGA